CAGGAACAAAAAAACCUAAACUCCUCUCCUCUCCUCUCCCUUACGAAUACUCUUCCCCGCCGCACUCCUUCUCCGCCGCACUCCUUCUCCGCCGCAGCUUUACGAGCCAGUACUACGACCGCAAAUUCAACCAGCGAGCUCCGUCGCCUGUCUACAUGGAUGAAUCUGCAACCCGUCUUUUCCGUAUCCGACAUACGGUUAUGCAGAUGUUGAACGAUCGUGGGUAUCUUGUAGCUGAAGCGGAGAUUAACAUGGCCAAGAAAGCUUUCCUUCACAAGUUUGGUGAGGGCGUGAAGCGCGAGGAUCUCUUCAUUAGCAAGUCCAAAAGGAACGACCCCGGCGAGCAGAUAUAUGUUUUCUUUCCCAACGAUGAAAAGGUCGGCAUGAAGCACAUUAAGAAGUAUGUUGAAGUGAUGAAAUCAGAGAAUGUACCUAGAGCGAUGCUAGUUCUUCAGCAAAAUCUGACUCCAUUUGCAAAAUCGUAUCUUCUGGAACUGUCAUCAAAAUUUCAUUUGGAGGUUUUUCAGGAGGCUGAGUUGCUGGUGAAUAUAAAGGAACAUGUACUAGUUCCAGAGCAUCAAGUUCUUACUACUGAAGAGAAGAAGACUUUGUUAGAGCGGUACACUCUGAAGGAAACUCAGCUUCCUCGAAUUCAAAUAACUGAUCCAAUUGCAAGAUACUACGGUCUCAAGCGAGGACAAGUGGUUAAAAUCAUUCGGUCCAGUGAGACGGCCGGGCGAUAUGUGACCUACAGGUAUGUUGUCUAGCUACGAGGAGUUGCUCCAGUUGAUUCGCUGUGCCUCUUGGAGACUGCAGGGAGCUGAACAUAUGAUCUUUGUAUGGAGACGAUAUAAUUGUUUCAUAGUCGUUAACUUAUUCAGCUGUGUAUUAGUACGAUAUUUUGCUUGGUCCAGUGCUGAGUUAAUCCUAUAAAAUGAGUAGACUUUAGUUUGCUUGUGGGUUA